AUGACAUUGAGGUUCAUCGAAUCUCAAGCAAGACGUGAUAAAAUUUUGAUAAAUUUGAAUAUUUCCAUGAAAAAAAAGAACACAACAAGAGACAUCAGUCGUGCUAACAAAAAGAUAUACACCAGCAAGAAAAAGAAAACUGAAACUCAUGAUAACUCCCAAGACGAAACAGCGACGAGUGAAGGCAAGGACGAAAAAGAAGAUAAUUUUAAUCUUCUUCCAUGCAUAACACAAUUGGCUCAUUUACGGAUUACAUUUCCUUAUGCAAUUUCGCCUUUCUUUCUCACUCACCCACUCUCAUCCUUUGGGUUUAAUAGUUUGACACAAUCAAGACAUGAGAAGAUUUUCCGAUGGCAUUUAGAAGCAUGGAAAAAUGCUUAG